UGACUACAACGCAGAGAAAACUCUAUGAAUUAUAAUACAUUUUAUGUGGUGAAGUUCGAUUCGAUUCAAUUUUAUUUAUAUGGCGCUUUUCACAAUGUGCAUUGUUCCGAAGCAGCUUUACAGGAGAAAAUAAGAAAAACAGCACAGUGCAUGGUGUUUAUAAAACAAGCAAGAUCAUUAUAAUAAAUAAUAUCUAAUAAAAGCAGUCUCCCGGUGAGCAAGCCAAUGAUAAAUAAAUGGAGAAAAAAACGUCGGGAGAAACCAGUCUCAGCCGGGAGGGCCAGGUCUCCUCUGACGUGUCACAGCUGCACUCAGUGACUCUGAUUCAAAGUUACUGAGUAAAUGUUUAUGAAAAAUAAGGAGAGCUUAUUGGUAGUGAUUUAGGAAGUUGUAUUUGUUGUUUAGUUCUAAUUUUGUCUUAUUUCGUGAUCGAUAUCAGACAACAGAGGAAUGUUAUAAGCAGAGAAAACAGUAAUGGCAUAAUGUAACUGAGUGCAGUUAUAACUUCAAAUUGCUAAUAAACUAAAGUUUAGCAUUAAAUACUAAGUAUUGUAAAUUUAGCAUUAAUGUGACAAGUAGUCCGUCUUUGCUCUUGGUUGGGGAUGGAAUUGCCUGAGCUGGAGCUGGGAUGGUCAGUCAGUCCGCAGGCUCUCGCAGGAGGAUGGCACGGGAUGUUCAGAUGGAGCUGGCGUAAUCUCUAGUUAGGGAUGGGCAUAUGAUGUUCAUCUGGGCCUGGCGUAAUCUCUCCCUACCUCAGGAUUUUUUUUUAAAUUUUGCAUAUUAUGCAUUAAGUGAAUGCUUGGCUGUAAAGAUGUGUCUUUAAUCUAGAUUUAAAUUGGGAGAGUGUGUCUGACCCUCGAAUAGUAUCGGGAAGGCUAUUCCAGAGUUUAGGUGCUACGUAUGAGAAAGCUCCGCCCCCUUUUGGUGGAUUUAGUUAUUCUAGGUGUUAGUUUAGUUUUGAGAUCUUAGAGAGCGUGAUGGGUUGUAGUGUGGUAGAAGCUCUGUUAUGUAGGUAGGGGCUACACCAUUUAAGACUUUAUAAGUGAUUAAAAGAACUUUAAAGUCAAUACGAUACUCAAUGGGUAACCAGUGAAGGGUUGAUAACAUUGGGGUUAUGUGAUCAUAUUUUCUGGACCUGGUUAGAACUCUGGCAGCUGCGUUCUGAACUAACUGUAGUUUGUUUAUUGAUGCUGCAGGACAACCACUAAGUAGUACAUUGCGAUAUUCAAAUCUUGCGGUCACAAAUGCAUGAAUUAGCUUUUCUGUGUCACAUAUUUUCUGCAUUUACAUAUUGUAAUUUGGCAACAUUACUAAGGUGGAAGAAGGCUGUUUUUAUGACAUUUGAGAUGUGAUUUUUAAAUGACAGGUUGCUGUCUAAUAUAACGUCUAGGUCUUUAACUGUAUUUGUUGGAGUAACAGUGCAGCCUUCAAUUUGCAGGUUAUAAUCCGAAAUAUUCUGUUUACGUGUCUUUGGUCCAAUAAGUAAUAUUUAUGUUUUGUGAGAGUUUAAAAAAAGGAAAUUACUAGUCAUCCAAUGUUUUAUAUCUUUGAUGCACUCUUGUCUGUAUUUUAGGAAUCAAUGGAGUCUAUUGGUUCCCAUCUGCCAGAUAUCAUCCCACCAACAAAACCCAACACAUUACCAGUAAAGACCCAUUAUACCAUUAUAGUUUUCACUAAAACCACAAUUCCCAUUAUAACCAUUAAAACCAUUAGAAUUUCUUUGAUGGUAUUGUUUUUUUUCAGCAGGGCAGUAUCAGGGCCCAUUUCUAGACAGUCGGUGUUGAUGUGCACCUCACCCGAGUAAUCUGAACUAAUCCUUUUAGUGUUUAAUCUGGUGUUUGGGAAUGGCACGUUUUUGCACACACAUGGAGUGCCACAUCUCUCCUGGACAGUAGUGUCUGAGAUACUUCAUGCAUAGCAAUGAAUCCAUUUCUACAUGCUGAACUCACUUUGUUUUUGGCUUUGGUUGCCUGUGCACAGAAUCCAACAUGCCCGUCUUUAUGCACGUGUGUUUUCCACGGUGGAAGCAAUAGCAAGGAAUUCAGAACUGUGCUGUGUAAGAACCCAGCCUUGGCUGUCAUUCCACUAGAUCUCCCAAGGGAUACGGUCAAGUUUCGUCUGGAACGCACGUCUGUGUCAAGGAUAUUUAGAGGAGCUUUCUCUGCUAUGCCAGAACUCCUUUAUUUGUGGCUCACGUAUAACUUCAUCACUGUUUUACAUCCAAGGAGUUUUACGAACCUGUCUUCCCUUCACGAGUUACGAUUGGAUGGCAACCUUCUGUCCACCUUCCCCUGGGAGGGACUUAGGGAUGUUCCACGCCUCCUAACCCUGGGAUUGCACAAUAACCGCCUGGCACGAAUCCCACCCCUGGCUGCGCGUUACCUAGGCAAUAUCACUUAUCUGGACCUCUCGAGCAACAGGCUGAACACGCUGCCUAAUGAUCUGAUCGCUCUCUGGCCGCUCGUCUCGCUCAGCGAAACAACUCAACCCCAGCGCUCUGUGGUUUUAGGUCUACAGGAUAACCCGUGGGUGUGUGACUGCAGGCUUGCCUCCUUGCUUGAUAUUAGCAAGGCACCGGAGUCUUCCAUGGCCCUGCUGGAUCGGUUCCUAACGUGUAGUGGACCGCCAGGCCUCGCCGGAGUUCCCUUUCAAAGAGUGGAGCUCUCUUGUUGCCGCAGGCCAUAUGUGGUGACCUCUGGCACAAAGAUCACAGCUCUGCUGGGGAGCAAUGUUCUGCUUCGCUGUGACGCUACGGGACAUCCCAUCCCCACGCUUAUGUGGUUCAAAUCCGCCAGACCAAAUCAUUAUAACACGGGCUGUUGUAAGCCGUUUCAGAGCAGCAUGGAACCUGAAAGACUGCCCAGAAAACUCUCUGGCUAUGUCCAAGACUCUCCUGGAGUGGGAAUCCACUGGUCAGCUGUCAGUCUUAAUGGAGUAUCCUAUAAAGAUGCAGGAGAGUAUCGAUGCAGAGCACAAAACAUGGCAGGGAUAUCAGAGGCCAUUGUCAGUCUGAAUGUGGUGGGCUUAAUGGCUGAAUAUGCAAACUCCCAAAAUACAGACCAACAGCAAACAGCUGCAAAAUCAAACUAUUCACAGAAGAAACCCAACCAAUCUAAAGUCUCGGCGUCUCUGUUACCUCAAAACAUUACUGGGCUUCUUUCAGCCUCAAAGAAAGUGAUAAACACCCCUAAAAUCAACAGAGAUAAGAUGCAGAUGGACAGAGCAGAUGGUCACUUUUUGAUCUCUUUUGAUUCGGAGAUACAUGAAAGACAAACACCUCACGUCUCAAUGUCCAUUCACACCGAACUCAACUAGAAACACAGAAAUGAAUUUUCCUUAUUUCUGGAAUUUUUUUUCAAAAUCUAAAGGAUCAUUCAUUACUUUGGUGUCAUUCCUCGAUUUUACUUUUUAAUGACCACCAGGUGGCAGCUUUGAGCCAAAGACCGUUCACCAAAAUCAAGGAGUUAAUUUAGCUAACUUUGUAUUCUUUUACCAAACACUGUUGUUAUACAUCAUGUAAUACAGAACAUGAAAGCUAUAUGAAAGGAAAUGGUUUUAAUACAGUCUCGAAUGUUUUGUGACAGAUUUAAAGGGAUACUCCACCCAAAAUGAAAAUUCUGUCAUCAUUUACUCAACCUCAAAUUGUUUCAAAUCUGUAUACAAUUCUUUGUUCUGAUAAACACAAAGAAAGAUAUUUGGAAAAAUGUUAGCAACUGACAUUUCUGGGACAUCAUUGACUACUAUAGUAGAAAAAAGUAUUGUAUUUUUUUCGUUGUUCUGUUGAACACAAAAUAAGAUAUUUUGAAGAAUGUAGGAAAGCAAACAGUUCUGGGGCACCUUAGACUACCAUUUUAAUUUUUCCUACUACGGUUGCCUAAGGGGCAAAGAUGAUUAUUUUGCUGACUUAAGUUUAUAGUCUGUUAAAUAAUAGAGUGAUUAUAGAGUGAUAAAAUUGAGUGUUGGAUUGUUUCUUUUAUGAGGCUCUGACAGUCUGUAUGAGAUUAUGGAUACUCAGACUCUUAGAUAAGGAAUUUACGGCACCAGCAUUUCCAGCUCUUGCUCACCACCUCUUGCAGACUAAUGAAAACAAGUCAAUGAAAAUGUCAGAUUUAUCAGAUUGGGUCUUUCAUGUCCACAUUCCUGCUCUGCUAUAAAGAUUUAACAACUGAUUUGAACACACCAUUCCUGUGAAGUACAAUAUACCUAGUGUGUGUGUUUUCAAUGGCAAAGUGUGUGAGAUUUUCUUUCUGGUGAAUGAUAAGAUGUUAUGAUUGUUUUCACAUUUCAAACUCACACCUGCUUGUCAUCCGCUAAUUGUAACAUGUGCCUCAAAUGACCAAACGUGAUUACCAUUCAUCAAAUUUUGAAUGUUGCUUAUAUGCGAUUUCAAAAAAGACAUGCAGUAAGUUUUCCCACAUGAUCUUUAUUGAUUACAGAGGGUUGUAUGAUGGUCAGAAAAUUCCAGAUGAUCUCUGAUGUUACACAGAUGUAAUUGUGAAC